UAUGUUUCUCUCCGGGACGGUAAGAAUGUACCACUUCCGCUCUAGGAGUAUGGCGGCGCCCAGCAAGGGACCCUAUUUAUUUCCUGGACGCUGGUUACGUCACUUCCGUUGAUCUCUUCAUAGAAUGCGAGCAUGGGUUCCAAGGGCUCCACUCGCCUUCAUGGGCUCUUCGCAGUCUACAAGCCACCUGGGUUGAACUGGAAACAUCUGCGGAACACUGUGGAGCUUCAGCUCCUGAAGGGCCUCAACUCACAGAUGCAAUAUACCCCUCAAGAGCACAUCCGGUUCCUGCUUGGGCCCAUGGAAGGAAGUGAAGGGAAAGAACUGACCCUCACAGCCACUAGUGUUCCGGUCCUUUCUGAGCACCCUUUAGUGAGAGGGCCAAAUUACAGGAGUGUGAAGGUGGGCGUCGGGCACCGGCUGGAUGUGAAGUCAUCUGGAGUGCAGGUGCUCGGUGUGGGACGUGGAAACAAGCUGCUCACAGACAUCUACAAUGCCCAUCUCACCAAGGAUUACACAGUUCGUGGGCUCCUGGGCAAAGCCACAGAUGACUUCUCUGAUGAAGGCAGGCUGAUUGAAAAGACAACUUAUGAUCAUGUGACCCCAGAGAAGCUCAGCAGAAUCCUGGCAGUCAUCCAAGGCUCCCAUCAGAAGGCAUUGGUAAUGUAUUCCAAUCUCGACUUGAAGACUCAAGAGGCUUAUGAAAUGGCUGUGAAAGGGUUAAUCCGGCCCAUGGACAAGAGUCCAAUGCUGAUUACAGGAAUCCGAUGUCUCCAAUUUGCACCUCCUGAAUUCCUCUUAGAGAUUCGGUGCAUGCAUGAGACCCAGCAGCUGCUCCGUCGAGUGGUGCAUGAGAUUGGACUGGAACUGAAAUCAGCUGCUGUCUGUACCCAGGUGCGCCGGAUCCGAGAUGGGGUCUUCACCCUGGAGGAUGCCCUCCUGCGGACACAGUGGGACAUGCACAGCAUUGAGAAAUCAAUCCAAAAAGUGGCACCCCGAAUAGAGGCAGAGCUAAAAAAGUGCCAAACAGUAGCACUGUGCCAUAGAGACCCUGUGGGACAACCUUCUUCCUAACAGAUCCAGGUCACAGGCAAACUCAAGUAAACUUUCCCCAUGGGCUAAGCAGAAUGAGGCAUACAGCAUUAGGAAAGAACAGCAGGGGAGGGUGCUGAAAUGGUGUGGGAGCUGGCAAAUACCUAGAUUGCAGGAGACAGACAAGGGAGAUCCAUGGCCUGACUGAGGUUAGGGAGUUCAUAUACUGCAAGGAGGAAGACUUGGGAAACUUUAAAAAUGAUCCUUGUCGGUUCAGUAAGUAAAAGGCCCUGCCCCAUGGCUCUUGUAUAAGGAAGCGACUUGGUGUUUUUGGUCUAGUGAACCUAGUUGAGAAGGGCACCUCUGAAGCAGCAUCCUGGGCUGCCUCGUUGAAUCUGGUGGGAUCUGGCCGAUGUCAGAGGGAAAGUGGUGGUAGAGAGGUGGAGACUCCAGGAAAAAGUAGUGAGAAGACAGGCACAGCAAAGGAGGAGAAACUGCUAUUCUUCAGUGCUUAUGCAGUUUUGAGAAGACCCCUUCUAACCUGUCUUGAGAGGGAGGAAUCGGGAAGAACUGAGAUUUCUCUGAAGAACUCAGAGCACAUAAUAGCUGGGAUUGCCCUAGCUUUUGGCACAGAGAGGGGAAACUGAGAUAUGGUUUUGUGGAAAUCAAAUAGAAACCAGGUCUUUAUCUCUUCGCUUCUUCUUUGACCCCUAAAUCUCUAGGCAGGGUAGUAUUGGGAGAAAGAUGACUGAACUUUGUGUCAGAAAACCUGAGUCUGAAUCCCAGUUUUGCCUUUUUCAAGCUAGAUGACCAUGGGCAACAUCACCUCACCUUUCUGAGCCUUAGUUUCCUCAACUAAAAGAAUAAGGAUUGUGAUACGCAUUUCCUACCACACAGUUAUUGUGAGGAUCAAAUGAGAUUGUGUGUAAAGAAUUUUGUAAACUUUUCAAGUGCUGUAUGAGGGUUAGGUGCUGCUGUCCAGCAAUAACCCAAGACCACUUUCUAACAGCUCCCAGCUUUAGGAUGGUGGAUAUCUGGGUGAAAGGCUGAGCAGCACAGGUGACUUUUUCUAAACCCCAUUUCAGAGGUCUGGGCAUUGCUUUUUGGCUUGUCACUUUACUUGAACUCAAUAAAGGCUUGACCUCAUGUGUUUCCCUGGGGAUGGGGCUAGUUUAGAGGUAAAAAGCAGAGUUUGUUGCCUAACAACCAAGAGAUUGGGGAUUAGAAAACCCUGCUAAGGAGGGGACUUUGAAAUUCUAAAUAGACAACUUUUCUCCUGCCUUCUCUCUUCAUCCUUCCUCUCCCCAAAUCCCCCCCCUCCACACUACUGUACAUGUAGGUGUCAGAGGCAGGUUUAGACCUCAGAGGCUGGGCUAGUAAGGAGCUUCUAGCACCCUAGCCUUAUAGGCAGGUAUGGGGUCUGCCUAGUAGUAGUCAGGUCAUAAUGAAUGGUAAUAACCUUGCAGAUAAACUCUAAGCAUCAGCUCCACCCAUCAUUACUCAUACCACCCUUGUACCCUCUGGAAUGUAUCCACCCCUUUUGUUAAGCAAAUUAAGGUUUUUGCUCUCUGGAAAUAUGUUCUAUUUCCAACAAAUACAAACUCCCAUAAAAUCCAAA